AAAUAAAUAGAGAAAAAAAUUGGAGUACACUUGAAAAUUCAAACUCUGCACCUAACCUAAACGACAAAUAGGAAUAGCAGGCAAACAAGCCCAAAGUUUUUAUAUAUGUUACGUCAUUUAUUUAACCAAAUUGAGCACAUCCUUGGAAAUGCCCACACUCAACCAGACUGAGAAUGAUUGCGACAGAGCAGUGUUCCUACAACUGGAAGAUGACAACGUGCCCAUCACCACGAACAUUGGCUGGAAUGUGGAGCCAGGUCCUUCGAUAAAUAGCACAAGGUUCUUGGCUGAGGUGCAAGUGAGUCACAAACAGAUUACGGAUCGUUUUGUUGAGCUGCUCACGCUGUUCGAGGAGUACUCCAAGAUGAUGGAGGUCGAGCAGGCGCAAAUGAAGCCGCUGCCGAAACUAAUGCGAACUCAAUCGGAAACGUUUACAACGGCUCACAUGCAAGCCGAGUCCGAUAGCAGCGACAUGGUGAAAACAACGCUCAGUUUAAAUCGCAUGCAAAUUUCGGAAGCCACUCUCUUGGUUGCACCAAUACCAAAAAUCACCUGCGAUAUGAGCUGCCAAACAUCCUGGAGCGCAAUAUACAAAAAGGAAGCAAUACCAAAGGAUGCUUUUUUGCCCAAACCGAAGAAGGACGACAAAGCUGAGCAAAAGCCUGAGCUACCCGAACAACGUACACUGCAUAUUGAAGUAGAAUCAGUUAGUUCAUCAUCGGCACUGCAGAGGGCGCCACUGCAUCAGCGUUUGUGGAAAGUUUGCACCGAUUUAUUGAACACCAUUAAAGCCGGCGUCUAUAUGAUGGGCGAAAAUUUUACCUAUGUGCUAUUUGUGGGGUUAUGUCUAUGGUGUCUAUAUUUAAUUAUUUCGCACUACUACACAUUUCUGGAGAACAACAUGGCACCGAAGAAGAUUAGCCGAGGUGUGGCAAUGUUACCACUGCAAGAUAGAUGAACUGUAAAUUGAAUGAGGGCUUCUUAUCGAUGUGAAGUGCAAUUAUUGUGAUUAAAGACAACUUAUUUUA